GCAGGACAGAAAACUGGACCAGCCAAUCAGAUGGCCCUUGUGUUGUCAGGACAACAACCUGCAGACUCCUCAGUGGAACUACCAUCAGACAGAAUUAAUUUUACUCCGAGAGAAAGCCCUGUUUCAGACAGCACUAAUUCUACUCUGAGAAAAAGCUCUGAUCUGGCCACAGGGACCUCAGGAGAGACAGAGAGGAACAGUGUGGCUGUCUGUGAACAGGAAGACAUGCAGGUAGAACCAGCUGCUGAAACCAUCCAGUCCCCAUCAGGAGAGAGUCAAACCUCCUCUAAUGAUCUACCUUACUUUACCAAAGCCACAGAGUGUCUCCCAAACUCAGUAGAGCAUCCAGGCAACCUCUCUGUCCAUACUGGGGCCGUUCAGACCUCACUCACCCAGACACAAGGAGAAGAAGUGCAGGACUUCUCACCAGACAUGACAGAGAUGGAUGUUGAGACUGACCCGUGUUAUAAUGGCUGUGUCUUGGCGGGUCAGAGCAUCAACCAUGGGGACUCAAAGAAAGUAGAAAGCAUUAAAGAUCAGUCAGGAGAGGCCAGCGUGUCUCAAACUCCCUCCACUAAACAGCUGGAACCCAGUCUUCUGGUUGAGUGUUCUGCGGAGACAGUGACUGGUCCAGAACAACUGACUGAAUGGGCUCCUAACACUCAAUGUAACACAACUGAUCAGAAAGCAGCUCCUCAAGCAUGUCCCCAUAAACAAGACAAGUUGUUUACAGGCCAGGAAUCAGAUAAAGACGAUGAAGAGGGUUUCUCUUGGAAACAGGUUGGUGAUGUACUGUUCCCUCCCAGUCACCCUACAGAAGGACUGGCCUCCCCCAGUCACCCUACAGAAGGACUGGCCUCCCCCAGUCACCCUACAGAAGGACUGGCCUCCCCCAGUCCCCCUACAGAAGGACUGGCCUCCCCCAGUCACCCUACAGAAGGACUGGCCUCCCCCAGUCACCCUACAGAAGGACUGGCCUCCCCCAGUCACCCUACAGAAGGACUGGUCUCCCCCAGUCACCCUACAGAAGGACUGAAGGAUGUAGGUAUAGUAUCAACAGUCAUCACGGUGCAUUCUGCUGGGGCAGAGGAAUCAUCAUCUGAACAGAAGUCUCUGGCACCUCUGACAAAAACAAGUGUCCACAUCUCUCCUGCCAGUUUAAUGAGCUCUGUAAAGAACGUAGAGAACUGUACUACGACAUCUGAACUCCAUGAAGACAUCCAGGCAACAAACCCAAUGCUCAGAGUAGCAGAAACCAUACAGUUUGCAAGAGGUUACAUAGUCCCAUAUGUCUUUCCCCUGUGGUGAACGUGAAGCUCCUGAGAUCUG